AACCCCGGGGAUCAGGACAAUCAGCGAGCACCUCCCAAAACUCACUCCAACACCAACUCUGUCAACUUUUCAACAACUUCCCUCAUUGUGCGCGCUGCAUGUUUGCACUCCGUGACAGAAAGUUAUGUGUUCUCCGGAUUGGGGUUAGAUAUCGAUCCCGGGCCCCCAAACAAAGGCAGCAUGUCUUCCCCUGGAGACUGGAGAGACGAGUCCUCAACAGACGAGGCGCAGGUGUCGUGUCUGCCCUUCAGCGUGGACGCGCUCAUGUCGGACAGGAGGCCGCCGAGAGCGACAGACAGAAAGCUGCGAAUUUACUCUGUGGCCGAGCAGCGGGCGCACAGGACGGAUGAGUUCACCAAACAGCUGGUAUCUAUCAAGACGGAGCCGGCGGAAGGAGCGGACUGUGCGCCCUGGAUACCCAGAAACGUUAUGAUGGCAACGCCAGCCAGGCAGCUCAGUCCAGCUGUCUGCCCAUUGAGGAAGCACAAAAGCAACCGCAAGCCUCGCACUCCCUUCACCACCACGCAGCUCCUGGCCCUGGAGAGAAAGUUUCAUCAGAAGCAGUACCUGUCCAUCGCCGAGCGGGCCGAGUUCUCCUCCUCCCUGUCGCUGUCCGAGACCCAGGUAAAAAUCUGGUUCCAAAACCGGCGAGCUAAAGCCAAGAGGCUUCAGGAGGCCGAGGUGGAGAAACUCAAAGCAGCGGCUGGCAUCGGGCCCAAAGCUGUAUUCCACCCGGCCUUCACGUCCUUCAGUUUCCCUCUCAGUAUUAACCUGCAGGCUGGAACAGCAGCACUCUAUGGACUGGGCUGCUCAUUUGGCCGCAGCCCCGUUCUGCCUGCUGCACAUCUGGCCAUGUACACCUCGCAGGUGAGACACAGCCUGUUCCACCUCUCCUGAGAGGGAGCUGCAGUAUAUGGACAAAGUGCUUUGGAUCUGAGGAAGUCAUGCACCUUAUAAAAGACUUGAUUAAGGACCUGACACGGACGUGAUCUUUCCCGGUUUUUAGUUACAAAGAGAAUUUCCUUGAAAAGUCUUUUAACUUUCACAAGAGUCUCUACUGAAGGACAAAAAGACAGCAUCUUAAUGAUCCUGUUUUGCUGUUUGCCAACUCUGAUCCAGCCGAGGUCACUGAUAAUUAAGGAAAUAUUGAUCAGACCACGUGUCUGAUUGUUGUCCUGAAUACAAGAUUACAUUUAUUGUUUCCUGUUUGUUUUUGCGAAAAGAUUCAAGCAUGGGGAAGAUCAUUCCCUCCAGAAAAAGACGAUUAUACAAUUGAAUAAUUAAAGGCAUAAUCAGCCAAAGUCCGCACAUUUAUGUGGGGGCCGCAUUUAUCAAACAUACUCCUUCACUUUCGCCGCAUAAAUCACUGAUUUCUGUGCAAAAUGCACAAAAUAUGCAGGGUUUGCAUGAUUUCAUAAUCCCCUAUUUUCUUUGCUAAAAAUUCAGAUAUAUCUUCGGAGAAAGUGGAAAAAUGCUGCGUUUACUUCACACAAAAACAGCCAUUUUUCUCAUGUUGCCUUGGGAACGUUAUGAAGUGACGUCAUGGGAAAGCUGCAAACCUCAGAAGUUGUAGCAUAUUCUUUUUGUAAAGCUAUGGAACUUGUUUGACUCAUCAACGUUUUGUAAGUUUGAGCCAUGUGUUUAUUAAGGUCUGAAAUAAAACAAGAUGAGAACUCAA